AUAACGGUCCGUCGUUUUACAGCUGGUCGACUCUUUUAUUCGAAGAUCCACGUGGAUGGAAGGAUCCGAGGUCAUUCCAGCAUGGAGUUUCCCCGGGAGGAGAGAACAGCACCAACAUUCCGUCCUACAAUUUGCUCAGCAUAGCCAUACCAAGAAGUCGUUUUAUCGCCCGGAUAAACUCGCCAGAAUGAGGAACGCCUGGUGUCGCAAAUGGAAAGCCAACCUCUACUACACUCUGCCCCCAGCUACUGUCCUGCGCGACAGAAUUGAAGAAUCUAUGGUUAAAAUCAACCCGACGAGCCGGAGCGAAACCAGGAAUGUAAUCGUUUUCGCCGGUCCCGCUCUCAUCGAGAUGAUCCUAAAACGAGUUCCGGGAAGAAAGACAAAGAAUCUGUAUAAUGGUGAAGUGGAGCGGGGUCCACGGAAAGGGUAUUAAGAAUAAGGACAGAACAAGAGAAUCCAAACGAAAGCAAAUUUGACUUUGCACUUCCAUUGUAAAAAUCGCCGAGGCUGAAGUCACGUGCGAGGACAAAAGAAAACAUGUGGAUACGUACACACAUCCUCUUUUUCUCCGUCUCGAAGAGAAAGGCCUUGAGAAGGGAAGUCCGACGGCCAUUACCACCGAACGGAGGAUCGAGAAGCACGCUUACCUUCGAGGGAACCUUCGAACGCAAAACCGAAAAGACUCUGAAAUCGUUUGAAUUUUAAACCACUUGUGGCGCGUUUGGCCUGCUCGAAGAUUAAUGGCUCUAGCUCUGCCCUCUUUUCCACAUUUUCUCUUUCUCUCUUGUUUUCUCAUGAAAACCAAAAAUAAAAAAAUACGUGUGCAUAUGGUAUUAAUUGCACGAAAAUUUAGGAAUUCGAUGAUGUAUGAGACUUUAAUUACUUAAAACGAGACGAAUGUCUCUUUUAAUUUUUAUUUUUAGAUUAAUAUUUGAUGUGUGUCAUGUUCCUUAAAAUAUAAAACGGAGCCCGAGCUCUUAAUA